CUCCAGGGUCGAUGUUCAAGGGAAAACUGCAAAUACCUUCACCCACCGCCACACUUAAAAACACAGCUGGAGAUCAAUGGCCGCAAUAACCUGAUUCAGCAGAAGAACAUGGCCAUGCUGGCCCAGCAGAUGCAGCUUGCCAACGCCAUGAUGCCUGGUGCCCCGUUGCAGCCCGUGCCGAUGUUUUCCGUCGCACCGAGCUUAGCCACCAACGCGUCGGCCGCCUUUAACCCCUACCUGGGGCCCGUCUCACCAGGCCUGGUCCCAGCAGAGAUCCUGCCCACUGCCCCCAUGCUGGUGACGGGGAACCCCGGCGUCCCGGUGCCGGCCGCUGCCGCUGCUGCUGCCCAGAAGCUGAUGAGGACAGACAGGCUGGAGGUAUGUCGAGAGUACCAGCGUGGCAACUGCAACCGGGGAGAGAACGACUGCCGGUUUGCUCACCCCGCCGACAGCGCCAUGAUCGACACCAACGACAACACGGUCACCGUCUGCAUGGAUUACAUCAAAGGGAGAUGCUCACGGGAAAAGUGCAAAUAUUUUCACCCUCCUGCACACCUGCAAGCCAAGAUCAAGGCCGCCCAGUACCAGGUUAACCAGGCUGCAGCUGCCCAGGCAGCAGCGACCGCAGCUGCCAUG